AGGCAUCAGAGCCCCUUUCUCUUGCGGUCCGCGCCCAGCACUUCCGCCGCUGGGAAGUACCUCGAAGCUCGUACCCAAUGACCCGCGUUGGUUAUCACGCCUGGCGAACCUUUCUCAAGAAGCGGCAGGCAGAGCUGGUGGAAAAGAUAUGUAAAGAGUGCGGAUAUACGACAGAAGUCUCAGAAAGAGUGGCCGCACUCAUCCGGAAAGAAGAUCUAAAAGAAGACGAAGAGACACAAGCGCUCGAAGAUGUAGCGUGUCUCGUUUUCCUAGACGAUCAAUUCGAGCAGUUCGAGAAGGAACACGAUGAAGACAAGAUCAUCAAAAUCCUGCAGAAGACGUGGGGCAAGAUGACGGAUCAGGGACACGAGUUGGCAUUGAAGAUUCCCAUGAGCGGGCGUCCGCAAGAACUGGUGCAGAAGGCCCUCGCAGGAUGAUUGUAUUGGGGUAUCUAUGGUACAGGAAGUGGGGAGAAACUGCUGAAAGUUCGGGGUUUUACAUUCCAACAGAAACAAGCCAAGGGUUCAGAACUUUGCCAGUCUAUGCCGAUGAGAAGCCAAGUAGGAGUCGCU